CACAAAUGAAAUUGUUUAUAACGUCUGGUGUAGUUUUCAGAUUGUUUUGUUGUAAUGAUUUAAAUUUGAACCAAUUUAGUAGCAAUUUUGAAAUGUCUGAGCGGGAAUCGAAAAAAAAUGCGGCCCAGAAGUUUGUUCAGCCGUUGAAAGAAAAGCGGAACUUGAAAGAGGUCAGGACCAUGCGCAUCAACCAAAUGAUGGACUCAUUAGUUGAACAAACCAAAGAAUACGACCAAAUGGAUUCGUGCACAGUGGCUAAAAAAGCGAAGAAAGACUCAGCUGAAAAGAAAGGCUUUCAUAACCCAAGAAAAUGUUUGGCCCCUGUUAAGUUUGGUCCUAAUAUUGAGAGUUUGCAGCCCAGGAAAAAGUUUGACCAGAAACAGAAAGGUGUAAGAAGGAGUCUCAAAAGCGAUGGAGUUUAUAAGGGACCGCCAAUGGUUGCCCUGUUUCGACAAAAACAUCUGGCCUAUGUACAUGCAUAUAAGAAGUUGUCGAAAAGCGAAGAGCUGAACCAUUUGGUGCCGAAAAGAGUUAUUAAAACUGAGAGUGAUAAUGAAGUUCGUGAAUAUUGGGUAGAGCUUAAUGAGUUCAAUUUGGAAAGAACGAGGGGCAUGUUUAACGGCGGACCAAGUGGUGACUUUGAUUUGCAACUGACAGUUAAUCUGAUCGAAGUGCACAAUAGUUCCGAGUCAAUCAGACGGGCUCAUGUUGGAGACCUGAACAUACCGAGCGGAACUUUCUGUUUGGCGUUCAAAAACGAAACUAGUCGUUUUCUAUCGAAACCCUUCUUGCGAUUUCCUUUUAAUUUAAAUAAUGCAAAAUCAGACAAACCAGGGUCCAAUGUGAUUUUGGAUAUAGUCUUUAAAGUAGUUCCAGUUGAAAUCGAAUUGGACGAUGAUGAUGCAGUGAUAAUUGACAGGCAGCUGUUCUAUUUGGCGAAAGACGGCAAACUAACGAUGCCAGAAGUGAACUUCAUGAAAAUAGAUGUGAAACGAGAUGAGUCGAAAGAAAAGUUCGCAUCACUCGGUUUUAUUUUGGAUAUUUCGGACAAGAGACGGAAAGGAUAUUUUGAUUAUUGUCGACAACGAAAGUCGGUUUUAAAGAUGGGUCAAUUUUAUGAACGCCCUGAGAUCAAACAUUGCUCAUGGAAUGAUACCAGGAAUAAAAGACUGAAAGCUGAUGACUUUUUGACCACAGAUGAAAGUGAAGAUGAAGAGGAGCUGACAAAAUAUAUUGAAAAGACUUGUUUGAAGCUCCAAAAGGCGAACACCGAUACAAAAGCGGAUAAAGAACCAACUAGUGAAGUAGAAUUGGUGCAAUGUACGCAAUCGGGAUCUAGACUAUCUCAAGAAAGGGCGGAUUUGGAAAUCAUUGAGCGAGAUUUUCCGAUAAAACAGGCAGAUGAAGUUGAAAUUGAAUUCAACCCAAAACGUAAUUUGGAAUCAUUAGUUGCAAAAAUUAAGGAAAACCUGGAAAAUCUAGAAGUAAUUAGAGUAGUUGAUUAUGAUAAGAAUAAUGAAAAAGUUAAACAUAAGCGAAAAUCGAAAGACCCUGAACCUCCUUCAAUUAAAAUGGAUAAUUCGGCAAAUUCGAUUGAAAUUUCCGCCCAGUGCGAUAAUCAUGAUCCAAGUGAACUGGGUCAUUUUGGGUUUUGCCUUGUUUGUUCACGAUUCUUUGAUCAGAAGAAAGAUACUACCAGCUUAUCCUUAAACAUUUUCGAACGUAUGGAAAUGGAUGAUAACUCUAAUUCAAUGACUGUCGCGCUCUAUGAAAACCAAGGAGAUAAUUCAUCAAAUCAUUGCAUCGAAAAACGAGAUUCCAACAUCGUUGAAGAUGCGAGUUUGGUAAAUGAAAAAGGAGACACUUUUACUACAACGGCAGCUGAAAAACAAAGUACGAAUAUCCGGAAACCUGAUAAUAUUUUGAGGAUUCACAAAAGUUUUUACCACGUGAACACUUUUCCGGUUGAGUGCAGAUUUGUGACGGGUAAUAAGAGUACUUUCAUGCAGAGACUCGAAUUCCCAUUUUGCAUGUUCUGCCAAGUUGCAUUUGAAUGCUAUGAACUGCUGCUGUUGCACUUGCACUAUUCACAUGCAGGACUGAAAGUAGUCCAUUUUUCAGUUAACUUCGGAUCGGUGCUAGAGAUAAGACGUGUUAAAAAGAGAAAACAUUUGAGAGAAAGAAGUUGCGAAAAAAGGAAGAAGAUUAAAUCUAUUGAAGGAAUUUAUGAUAAAAAUGAGGAAUCUGAAAAAAGCAACAAAAUGAAGCCAUCUAUUGAGGCAAAAGUAGAAAUUGCGGAGUUGGCCGAAAUCACUGAUAAUGAAAUUGACAACAAAAAAGACGAUCCCCGAAUCACUGUUUUCAUGUUUAAAGCUAACAAGAAUUUCACUAUUGACAAAGAGCUGCUUUUCAAACAGAAACAGACAACUGCUGGAAACUCAUCGGAACCAGAAAGGAUAUCGACCAAAUCAGAGUCGAUGUUACGCAUGAACGCACUGGGUGUAAUGGCGCUAAAUCACGUGACGGCUAUGAGUGACAAGAGGUCAGAAAGAAGGUACCAGAAACUGUUGGCGGGGUCAAUGACCCCGAUUGGAUUCUACCACUCGAGUAAUUUGAACAGACGACAGUUCACGACUCAGGGUUAUUGUUCAGAUAGGGACGAGGAUGAGCACGUGUGGCUGGAUAAGGCAGAACAAAGGGUCAUGGAUGAAUAUGUAGACCUGACUGAGAAGGAAAAGCGCUUCAUGAUGCUGUGGAAUGCAUUCUACCGCAAUGUGAAACUAGGACCAGGGGAUACUCUAAUCCCACCAGUGCUGGAGGCUUUUCUGGAAACGCACGGCAGUCUGCUAAAGAAAGAGGGAUUGUUGCCGAUGAUGAAUCAACACCUGGAAAUGAUGAGGACUUACGGAGUCAUCAGCGAUAGUUUGAGUCGUAGGCUGCUUGCCCAAGUUGAACUGAUGCAUCAAUAAUUGAUAUUUGAUCAAAACUUGGCUUUUUGUAGUUUCCUGAAAAUUUUGAAAGUGAUGUGUAAUCUAAUCUAGCUAUUGUUUUUUGUUCUGCAAUGCAAACUAAUUGAUUAUUUCGAAAUUUGAAUUUUGUUUCUCGUUGCUGAAUUCAAUUUUAUUCAAACA